UAUCGAAGUGUGCAUAUAUCUCUGUGCCGGUAGAAGGCUAUGGAUCAUUAAAAUGGAGAGAGAACAUCGGAAAAGAAAGUUAGAUAACAGGAGGUACUCGUAAACUGGUAAAGUGACAUAACCAAACAAUGAGUCACCAGAGUGAGAUAGAGAAGAAGAAGUACAGAAACUGGGUGAAAGGUGGAUUUGCAUAUAAAUACCUAAAACAAGGUCUAGACGGUUUUGCUGAUGAUGUUGUUAAACAAGAACAAAGCAGAAUAUUAAGUUCUAUUAAUUGCACACCAGGUACCAUCUGUAAUCAGUGCAUCAUUGAGCGUUUGCGACCAAUACAUGCAUGCAUAACAAAUUCUGCAGGUAAUUAUGAAUGCUACUGGGGUCAGCGUAAGUGUAAUUGUUUGCACUUAAAGAAGAAAAAAUGUCGUCUUAAAGUAUGUGAUUUCAUUAUGGAAGAAAUAUUAAAAAGCCAUGGAUCCACCCCACCAACACCAAACUGGGCAAAUACAGAUAUACAAAAGUGGUGUACAGAGCCAUGGGAGGUCGCCAAAUGUUUCAUCAAUGCUCCUGGAUAUUCAGACAAGACAAAGGCAGCUGAUAUAGACAUAUCUGGAUUACUCCAUGUCUUCAUUAAUAACACCAGUCUUCAUUCUCAUUUAGCAUGCUCCAUGGCUGGAAAAAAUAUUUUUAUCAAGGUACGAGAAAGAAGAAACAAAUUGUUCCAUUCCGCUACCAUGGAGACUGAAGAAGGGGAAUUGGCUGAAUGCAUAGAUGGUAUCUUUGAAAUUCUGGAAGACCCAAAAGAACUCAGAGGAAGACCUGAAGCUCUGGAAGCUGUCAACAAACUUAAA